CGGGGCCGGCCCUGGCCGCGGCCCCAUGGCCGAGGUGGGCGGCUUCCUGGGCGCGCUGGACCCCGACCUGCACGGCUUCCCCCCCGCGCUGGGCGGGCUGCCCCUCGCCGACUCGCCCGGCUUCCUCAACGAGCGCCUGGGGCAGAUCGAGGGGCGGCUGCAGCGGGGCUCCCCCACCGACUUCGCGCACCUCAAGGGCAUCCUGCGGCGGCGGCAGCUCUACUGCCGCACCGGCUUCCACCUGGAGAUCUUCCCCAACGGCACGGUGCACGGCACCCGGCAGGACCACAGCCGCUUCGGGAUUUUGGAGUUCAUCAGCCUGGCGGUGGGGCUGGUUAGUAUCCGUGGGGUGGAUUCAGGACUCUACCUCGGCAUGAACGAGAGAGGCGAGCUGUAUGGGUCGAAGAAGCUCACAAGGGAAUGUGUUUUCCGAGAGCAGUUUGAAGAGAACUGGUACAACACGUACGCCUCCACGCUCUACAAGCACGCGGACUCGGAGAGGCAUUACUACGUGGCUCUGAACAAGGACGGCUCCCCCCGCGAGGGGUACAGGACUAAGAGACAUCAGAAAUUCACUCACUUUUUACCAAGGCCCGUGGACCCUGCUAAAAUACCUGCAAUGUACAGAGACCUCUUCCACUACAGGUGAUGUUUCCUGCAGCUGCCCUAUCGAUGUACAUACUUGGGCUCCCAAGCUUCUUCCCAGAGCACUAUAUUAAUAGUCAUUCCAUCAUUCCUGUAAAUGUAGAUGACAUAGGAAAGCACUUACGUUGAAUCCAGACACUGCUGUUCCUCCUUGUUUCACGUGUAUAUCAAACCUGGGUUAUUUAUGGGGGUGGGGAUAGGGGAAGGGAGGGAACCCUACAUAUAAUCUUUCAUUUUUGUUCACUUUCUUUACUUGGUGGCUGUAAGAGAGGCCAAAUAGUCAGUGUUAUGGUUGCUUAAAAGAACAAACAGGCAAGCAAACUUGUUAACCAGGGAAAAAAAUAAACCAACUAGAAUUCAAGGGAAGGAAGGAAAACUAAAGACCACAGAACUGCUCCAGAUGCCUCUGAUAAGCUCGGGAUGGUUUCUGGCUAAGAAGCAGCCUUUCAGAUGGCACCCUGCUGCAGCAGCCCAGCAGCUUGCUACACGGAUGAUACUACGUGGACUGGUCCUGGUGUGUGGGGUUUUUCCUGCUGUUGGGGUGGGAAUGGGGUGAGGAACAUUAUUCAGAUGUAAGCAUGGAUACUGUGCAUAGGGACAAAACUAUUUAUAAAAUGUAUAUGAUAUUUAUUUUAUAUAUUUAUUUAUUUCAAAAUAAUUUUAUUUUUAAUGAAAGAUGCUAUGACCGGAUUUUCAUCAGGAAGAAUAAGGUCCUACUGAAACAGGAAAAAAAAAAAGAGUUUUAAGAGCUUAUUGGCAAUAAAAUUGUCUUUAUAUUGUAGAUUUCUUGCUAGCCCUUUUUUCUGUUUGGCACUCCAUAACCCAGUAUUUUCUGAUUGAUACGAACACCAUCUACAGAAAGGCUUUGGAUGGUAAAGGUAAAUUUUAUAAACUGGUACAAGGGAAACAUCAAAUGUGCAGCUGGAAUGGAGCUGGUAAGCGUGAGCCCACUGGAAUGAGUGGCUGCACAUCCAACAAACCCUGGAACUGCAGAUCCGGUCCUGUGAGGCAGCAGGGACAAAAGAGGUCCUCAGGCCAAGCACCAGCACAGUGCAGCCCACGAAGACCCAGAUGGGGUUGCUCAGGAGCUCGCCUCACUGCUGCGCAGAAAGGAACCUCGCUGGCACAGCCAGCGCCCUCACGUCCUUGCUGGGGCUGUCCUUACCACAGCUUCAUUUCUCACACCACGGUUUCUCAGCCUCCACUUUGCAAAGCCGUUUGAGUGAAACUUCAGCCUCUUCAGCUCUACUCCCCACGUUCCCAGAAGGAACAAUCCGGCUUCUUCAUAGCCCACGUACUGCUAGCGAGGCGGCCGCUCUGGGGCCCGGUGCUCCUGGCCACCUUCUGUCCUCUCUGCCACCUCCCACGUCCCCGCUGCAGCAUUUGCUACCCAACGUCCCAGCCGGUGCCGCAGCUGUCACAGACAACAGUCUGCAGAUUGCAAUGAAAAGAUUAAAGGAGCUUUACCUUGAAUGAUCUAGACAUGGAGGAAUUUAAUCCCGUGUUUGAAAUAAAAAAUGUUUAUUUACCUU